GUAAGAAGUAAGAACAAACUCAGUCUACGAGUUCUCGAAGAAAAGGCGUAAACAUGGCGAGAUCAUCGAUCCAUUUCACGUUAGCAACCCUAGCUCUGUUCUUCAUCUCUUCCGCGGUUGCCGAAUUCCUCACAUUGACACAAGAUAACUUCGAGAAGGAGGUCGGUCAAGAUCGUGACGCUCUCGUCGAGUUCUAUGCUCCCUGGUGUGGGCACUGCAAAAAGAUAGCUCCAGAAUUUGAAAGAGUUGGUAAUGGCUUCAAGAAGGCAAAAUCCGUAUUAAUUGGAAAGGUGGAUUGUGAUGAACAUAAGGAUGUUUGCACCAAAUAUGAUGUUACAAGCUACCCCACCAUCAAAUAUUUUCCAAAAGGAUCACUGGAGCCCAAACUCUAUGAUGGUGAACGUACUGCUGAAAAAUUUGCUGAGUAUGUAAAUAGUCAAGCAGGGACAUUUGUAAAGGUAAGUGCAGUUGGCUCAAAUGUGGUGGCACUAACAUCAUAUAACUUUAACAAGAUUGUAAUGGAUAACACAAAGCAUGUUUUGGUCGAGUUCUAUGCACCCUGGUGUGGUUAUUGCCAAAACGUUGCUCCUAUCUAUGAAAGCCUUGGAGAUGCAUUUAAAAACGAGGAUGAUAUAGUAAUUGCGAGUAUUAAUGCUGAUAUAUACAAAAGACUUGCAGAAAGAUAUAAUAUAGAAACCAUUCCAAAAUUAAUAUUCUUCUCAAAGGAUAACAAAGAUGGUGAAGAUGUUCCAGGCAAACCCACUUUAGAAUCUCUUUUAAACUUUGUGAAUCACAAGUGUGGGACAAGCCGUGAUGGGGAAGGACAACUUACCUCCAAUGCGGGGAUAAUUGAGAUGUUGGAUGUGUUGGUGAAGGAGUUUAAGACUGCUUCUGGUGAAGAUGAUAAGCAACAAGUAUAUGCCAAGAUUGAGGAGGAAGCUGCAAAUCUCAAUGGCUCUUUCGCAAGAUAUGGGAAAAUAUACAUUAAGGCUGCACAUAGUUAUAUGGUUAAAGGUGCCGAUUAUGCAAAGAAUGAAAUCCAACGUAUCGAACGUUUGCUUUCCAAGUCAAUUAGCUCAGUGAAGGCCGAUGAAUUCACCCUGAAAAAGAAUAUCUUAUCUGCAUUUACUUAAUUGAUAACAUACAGACACUAUCAUGAGUUGUUGAUGAUUUGUUGACGUACGUAGUUAGGGAGGUAUGAUAGAAUUUUGAUUCCCACUUCAUUCUUAUUGGUUGCUACACCAAAUAAAUUACAGUAGACA